AAGGUCUCUCUUGGGUCUAACAAACCUGAAUUUACAGUUUUCCUAAUCAUUUACAUUGAGAACAAAAAAAAAAACCCUCAUUGGUAACCCCAAUACAAAAUGUAAAAAUAAGAUUUUCACAAACAAAAUAUUUUUUGAUUUGCUGCUAUUUUACUUCCUACUGCUGAAACAUUGUUUCUUGCUGCUCAGGCCUGUUAAUCCUGUGCUUGAAUCCUUGUGAGAAAUUAUGUCUCCAGUGUUCUGGAGAAAUCUAUUGAUUUGAGUCAAUGGUAUAUUCAUUUAUUCUUUUCAACAUUUUUUGUUUUCAGUCUUAGUGACCACCCUCAGCCAACAAAGUCAUUGCUGAUGUCAGUAUUUAUUCCUGAAAUGGGUGAAAACCAUUCAGAGGACAGGAACAGUAACACAUACAGAUUUCUGUGCCCUUAUACUGGUCAGUUCCAGUGUAAAAUCACCAACAUUGUGUUUGACAUGAAGGAGAAAGGGGAGAUGCUGUACAGAAUCGUCUCCUGGGAUACCCAUCUCUUGGAUGGCUUAGGUCACAUGCAGCCUGCAGGACCCCUGUACAAUAUAGACUGCUUUGAAGGUUCAGUCAGUCAUCUGCACCUGCCACACUGUGAAGUAAUUUCUGAGGAACAUCAGGUUGAACUGGCUGUGGCUCGUUUCACUGGCGAAAAUCUAGAGGUCAUUAAACCACUGAGAGUGACAGACACACACGUGAUUGUUGCCAUCCAUGGACUCUCUCUCUUUGGCCUGAUAAGAAAGAUAUUCCCUGCUCGUUCCAUGAGUGCACAGGUGUUACUCUUCUACAAACCAAUAACUGGCAUGCAAAACCUGAAACAACUACACAUCCAUUUGCUCCCAAGGGUGGUGCCAGUUAAAGAGGUACAGGACCAGCAUAUGGAUUUUAAACAUAUAACGACCAGCUCCACAUGCCAGCUGACACCUGGUAGAAAAUACAGACCUUCUUGUGACCAUUAUGUCCCCCAGCCAAAGGUUACAAUAUUUGAUUGCGAUUAUGGUCCAAACUACCACCCAACAUUUGAGGUAUUCCUUGAGGCUGACCAUGUCACAGUAAAACUUCUGGAUGAAAAUGAAGAGGAAGUGUGGGAAACCCACCGGCUCUAUCUUACAGAAGGUUAUAGUACAGAGAAAGCCCUGCUCAGAAUGGAUGCAGGUGUUGCAUUUGUGGAUACACACAAAAAUGAGCUCAUUCAGAGAGUUUCCUCAGUGAUGGAGAUAGCAGACUGUCUAAAAAGCAAAAACAUGAUCACUGAUGAAAUGUACAGCAACAUACAAGCAGCAAGUACAUCCCAUCAGAGAAUGAGGUUCUUGUAUGAUGCUCUUCAAACAACUGGCAAAGCUGGAAAAGCAGAGUUGUAUGAAAUCCUUAAGGAGAAGAUGCCUCACUUAGUGGAGGACCUGGAGUCUGGACCCAGCCAAGUUUAGUGCUUCAGCAACAUGUGAGUUUACCCUGUUUUCAUACCUCUGUGGCCAAGCCAGAUUAUGUGAAUGAACUCCUGUGCCCAGUUCCAGUCCUCCAGUGACUACAGAGGUCCAGAUGACUGGUGAAGGAAUCAAUAUGAAUGCUUUAUUUUGUGAUUAUUUCUGAUUAUGUUUUAUAUUAUAUUUGUAUUUCUGUACUUCUCUAAAUGUUUCUAUAACUCUUCUGUGCCAUGGUGACUGCCUGUGAGGUAGGCAUCAAGGUCACCUUGUAUAUGUAUGGUACCAAAAUCCAACUAAGGUACAAACUUACAAAAUAAUUUUAACUUGCCAUUUUCCACUUCCAUGGGUGUAGUUGAAAUCAAGAUAUAUAAACAUGCAGCUCUGUGUGUGAGAAAGACAAAAGCAAUAGUUGGUUUUGGUUGUGCUAUAAUAUACCAUAAAGAAAACUAUAAAAGCUCUUGCAUCUUGGUCUGGUGGUUGGCUUGACCUUUGCCUUUUGUUUUAUGUAUGAGUGUUUUAGAAUGCCUAGAUCUACCUAGCCUGUUGGUGAUAUCUGCUGUUUCAUGAAGGGAUGCUUAUUGUUAAGUGCAAUAAGUAAGUAAUAUAAGCAAAAUCCUCAUCUGUAGAGUCAUGGGCUAUAAAUUGUGUCUUUUGGAAGUUAGAAAUGGGAGGUUGAAUUUGCUGCUCCUCUCUCACAUACAAAUUCUGGGGGUAUAUAAACACCUCUGUCUCUAUCUGGGAUUUUUUUUCAACAAUGUCAUUAUUAAUCAUAGUGAUAAGUUUGUUAAAGUUUUGACAAUUAGGUGUUGGGUGUUUUAUUUCCUAAACAAUAUUGGAAGUGAGUAGCUUCUUGGAAACAAUGUAGAAAUCUCUCUUUAAUUUCACCUUGACAAAACACGAGUACAUAAAAAUGGAUACACUGUAAGGGCAAACAUCUAAAUAAAAAAUG